CGAUGUCAGACGGCCAAAGCGGCUUAGGGAGGGUGUUCGUGAUUGUUUUGAUGCUAAUGUUGCGCUUGGACGCCAAUAAGACGGAUAUCUAAUGACGUGACAUCUAUCUCCCCGACAAUAUGGCAGCAUGCUGUGGUUGCUGCUCUGCUCUAAAGCCAAGAUGGAAGAGGCUAGUUGACAACAUUUUCCCAGUUAACCCAGAGGAUGGGCUUGUUAAGAAUGAGAUGGACAAGCUAACAUUUUAUGCCAUAUCAUCACCGGAGAAGCUAGACAGAAUCGGGACCUACCUGGAAAAAAAACUUGCCAGUGACAUAAACCGGAGGAGAAUAGGACUGAUAUUUGUUGCCAUGGAUGCCCUAGAUCAGCUUCUGGUGUCAUGUCACUCCCAUUCACUCAAUCUGUUUGUGGAAAGCUUCCUUAAGAUGGUCCAGAAACUCUUGGAGUUAGACGAGCCAGACCUACAGAUUUUAGCCACUCAAUCGUUUGUAAAGUUCACCAAUAUAGAAGAAGACACACCAUCCUACCACAGACGAUAUGACUUCUUUGUCUCAAAGUUCAGCUCCAUGUGUCACAGCGGUACGCCUAACGAGGAAAUCAGAACCAGAAUACAGAGUGCAGGACUUCGUGGUCUACAGGGUGUUGUGAGGAAGACGGCCAGUGAUGACCUUCAGGUGAACAUUUGGGAGGAUGUGCACAUGGACAAAAUUGUUCCUUCUCUUCUCUAUAAUAUGCACAAUGAAAGUUUCAUGUGUCUGGAUCUGGAUAGUCCCAAAGAUGAGGAACAUCCAGCCUACAUUGCGGAACAAGUGUUCCGAGACCUAGUGUGUAGGGGAUCAUAUGGCAACAUCAGAACGGUUUUACGGCCUGUCCUUAUACAUAUGGACAACCACAAGCUCUGGGUUCCCAAUGACUUUGCUAUCAAGUGCUUCAACAUUAUCAUGUAUUCUGUCCAGCAACAAUAUGCAUACCUGGUGGUGCAGAUGUUGAUGUCACACCUGGACAAAUGUGUGAACAGUGACCCCGCCAUUAAGACCAGUAUCAUUGAUGUCCUGUUCCACUCCGUACUCAUCGCUGCCGGCGGUUCUCUGGGUAGUGGACCCUCCGUCCUGGAUGUGUUCAACACCCUCCUGCGACACCUUAGGAUCUCGGUGGACAACAAGAGUCAAGAUGAAAAGGCGAGGGAGAUGGAGAGGAAGUUUGAGGAAGCCAUUAUCACUGUUAUAGGAGAGUUUGCCAACCAUCUCCCAGAUUACCAGAAGAUAGAAAUUAUGAUGUUUGUCAUGGGCAAAUUUCCACAACUGGACCAGGAGGAUAUAGGAAUAUCAAUAGACAUCCAACUUCAGACAAUGUUACUGAAAACUCUACAAAAGGUAGCAGCCACGUACAAGACGAUAUAUAUGUCCAACACGUUCCAUCCUGAGUUCCUGACUGGUCUGUUACAACUGUCACAGCUAGAGGAUCCAUCGAUGAGGAUUACUGUACAGGAAAUACUCCACAGUCUUAUAGAUCGUCAUAACAACACGCCAAAGUUCAAAGCUAUAGUCAUUCAGAAAGAUCUUGGCCAGCUAGCUCUUAAUGAUUCAAAAGUAUCAGGACAAGACAGCUUAUUUAUGAAGAAGAACAAUGUCCAGUUCUAUAACCACAUUAUGGACAACAUACAAAUGGAGAGUAAUAAGGUAGAUAACUACGAAGCUCUAUACUGUACCAUGUGUCUGCUCGCUGUGGAGCUCGGGUCUGAGGAAAUACUCACGGAGAUGCUUCGACUUGGAUUAGAUAUACAGCAAGGGGUGCUGACACAGAUGAGUCUGCCCAUGACUCAUAAGUGUGCCAUUCAUGGUCUCGUGGCUGCCUUCAUCAACAUUGUGGCCCAGCUUGUCGGUCAAACACCACUCGUUCAAUAUGUCAAAGAGGUGAUAGACAUCAGACGUGACGAGGCUCCCUACCUACUGCCAGACUUUGCAUUUAACAGAUCCAACAGACCCAGCAGCUACUCUCAUAUUGACAAUGUCCAGCCCAAGUGUCUAUUCGACCAGGCCACUCUGCAACAAUUCUUGGUGGACUGCGGCCAGGAUGCUUCCAGACUGACCACUCCGAUAGCUGUUAAGCCCUUCAGCACACUCGGUGUGAGAAAUGGUGACCCGAACGAUAAAGCCGUAAGCGGGAGUGGCAGUGAUAUAGGCUCCAUCAACUUGGAAUUAGAAAGUGCAGAAGGCUCGCCAAUAUUCUCCAGGAGGUGGACAGAUGAAGAGAUCACAGUCGAGUCCCUGAAGAAGAUGUUAGCUGAGGACAACACAGAGAAAAAGGAGGAAGAAGCGAGGAAGAGACAGGAGAUCUACCAAACCUACCGCACUGCUCCGUUUGAGGAGAUCGUAGCUCGCUCUGAACAAAAAUCAUGUAAUUUCCAUAACAAACUUACGGAGAUCCUCGACAUGGUGUCACGUCCGCCAGACAGUCCUGAGAGGAUGCGCAAGUCCCUCCAGAUGUCACCCAAGGCUGUGUUUGAUGUGUCCUUCCCAGAUCUGUUUGUGUAUUAAAUCUAUAUCCACAAGAUUUACCUCCCCUUACAUGUUAGUGAACCAGUGUAUGUUGUUCUAUUGGGAGGCUACCAUGCUAGUCUCAGUAUCGGAAAUUUACUGAUCCCUGGGAGUUUGACAUAUUAUCUCCCUUUACAUGCUGUAAUCUGUCGAGUUACCUCCCCUUAUCUGUACAUGUACUGAUUCACGUUUCAAACAUCUUAAUUGUUUGACAGAGCUUUGCUUGCUAGUAAAAAAUGGAUUGACAUAAUCAUUUGAUGUUGCUCUCUAACAAGCCUUCACAAACACAUACCAGGCUGACAUUAAUAUUUUCAGGUCUGCUUGGUUGAUAUUUUGAAAAAAAUACAAUUAUUUAAAGUAAAUGAACUGGUGUGUCUGCAUAAAUUAUUUAAAAUAAAUGAACUGGUGUGUCUACAUAAAUUAUUUAAAGUAAAUGAACUGGUGUGUCUACAUAAAUUAUUUAAAGUAAAUGAACUGGUGUGUCUACAUAAAGAACAGGGUCCAAUUCAUAUACAUGUAGAUCUUUAUGAAGUAAUCUCAGAUCACAUUAUCAUUCAGAUUUCUGAUAUUCCACAAA